CCUGGAUUUGCUGGUCAAGUCCACGAGCAUACUCAAUUCAAUACUCUAUAAUGCUGAGUUGUAUUGAUGGUAAGCAGUGUUCCUUCUUCUGCGUCAAUGUCUUGCUUGCAUGAUUAUAUAAAUACUAUAAUCUGUCAAUCCCCUGAAGCUCACAAAUAAUCUCAUUAAACGAGCAUAUGUGAUUGAGAAACGUAUCGAAAAUGAUUAGCUUUCUUUUGCCGCUUUCAUUGCAUCAUACUUUGUGUGGAAGCUGAACGCUAACGUUCUAUCAGUCGCAGCAGAUACCAUAAAUUGCCCCUAGUCACAAUGGACAUCGAACCCACCCUCCCUAUUCCGAUCUCGUAUAUCGCGGGUAGCUACUUUCUCUUCUCAAUUGAUGCUGUUACGUAUCUGAGACGCGAGCAUCACAUAUGUGGCGUCUUAAGCGGCACAUUACCCCAAAUCCCACAACAGAAUGUCUUCCUGGGCUUGCCAUUGAAGCUGAUGCCUGAAGAGGCGCGGUUGCUCGUGGAGAAAGGUGUAGCGUGCAUUGUAGACGAGGUAAAAGUCCAAAAGGAUGGAAUGCGAUCCCUCAUGGAGGAGGACCGAAAGAAGUAUCUCCGUGAGCUAGAAUCCCAGGGCCAGCAUGCCAUGCGGCUGCAGAACGAUCGGAAGGAGCAGCAACGGGAGAAGGCGUUAAAGAAAAUAGAAGAAAAGAAGGCGAAGGCGAAGGCGAGAAAGUCUGAGCCGCUGCCUGCUGCCGACGGUCCUAGUGAGGGCUCGGUGGUCGAUUUGUUCGCCAACGACCAGGGUCCUGACCAGACCUCCCGUCGGUCUUCCACCGCUGCUCCGUAUGGCACGGUGAUGGGAGUCACGCCCGCUACGUCUUAUCCGCCUCUUCCGUAUGAGUCGUCUGCUGAGCAACGGCUGCCGCUUCCUGAUGUGCCCUCCUCAUAUCCAUUGUUCGCUCACCUCCACUCCGAGGGCUACUUUUUGUCGCCUGGCCUGCGAUUCGGCUGCCAGUAUCUCGCCUAUCCGGGUGAUCCCCUACGGUUCCAUUCCCACUUCCUGGGUGUGUCGGCUGAAUGGGACGAAGAGUUUGAUUUGAUGAAGAUAGUUGCUGGUGGUCGACUAGGUACUGGUGUGAAGAAGGGAUUCCUCAUUGGAGGAGCCGAGAAGACAGAGGACGGCGCUGGGGACCCCAGUAGCGUGAGGACUUUCAGCAUUGAAUGGGGUGGAAUGUGAUGUUCAUCCUCUUCCAUCUUUGAUCAAGCUUCAAUGCUCCAUCUGCAGACGUUGCAGCGCAUCCUCUACCUGCAUCCUAGCAGAAUCGCAGGUCGAAGGAUGUCACGCUGUACACCUGCCGGGUGCACUAAGUCCAGCAGAAAUGCACAAGGACUUGACAGCCCGUGGUUGACAUGCGCAGCUCAUGAUCCAAUCAUACCAAGGUCAGCGCCUGCCUUACCUACUGGAUCAAGGAUCUCCAACAGGAUCCCAGCGGCAUAUGACAGAACUUCAGGACUCAAUCCGAGAAGGUCCAGGCCAGAAAUCUACAGUCGGGCAAACAAU